UGUUCUAUACUUUCGUGAGGACAAUGUCUCACCUUGUCCAAGUUUUCCUUGUGCAAAGACUUUUCUUUCAGAACAAGAAGCCAAUUGUUUAAUGGGAAUAGUGAGGGCUGCCAUUAAAGAGGAAAAGGAAAAUAUCAACAAAUCUGCUGAAUCUUUUCUUAAAGCAUUAUUAUUAUCAGAUUUAACCAGUAUUUGA